AUGCGGAGUAGUAACGAUACAACUGCUCAUUACAAUAGUAUUGCUACCAUUUAUCAGACUUAUGAGAUUCUCGGGUUUAUCAUAAACAAUAUUCUGUUUUUAUGCUUAUUGGUAUACAAGUAUCGAAAAAAGGCAGAUAAAACUGAUGAGAAUUUCCAUGAGCCCAUAUUCAACCAGUUGUUUUAUAACUCUGCUGUCUGUUUAGCGAUCAAUGACAUAUGUACUCUGGUAUCUUUUGUUAUAGGAGAUCCAGGAAAAGCAAUUUCUGCGGAAGUCUAUAUUUUCUCACUUGCGGUUUUACUCGAAAUGCUUUUCAUGUGGCUUGCGAGCGUAAUGUUUGCUAUCAUAACCGUUUUCUCAUUUCUGGCAGCCAUUCAAAGAAUCGUCAUUCUUUAUAUACCAAACUACAAGUAUCUAGUAAUAGGUAAUUGUCUGAAACUUGAAAUGUGUCUAGUCUAUGUAUCAAUCAUCCAUUACAGCAUUAUCGUUUUUCAACAGGGAGAAAUCGGCAAAAAAUUGACAUAUAAUAUGAAACAAGCUCUCUACAUUUAUAACGUUAUAAUUCUGGCGAUGUCUCUUAUUAGCGGUGUAAUAUAUUUUCAUAUUUAUCGAAUCAUGAAAAAACUCACAAUUAUUGAUAAUGGGACUUAUUUGUUGUAUCAGUUUGUUCCGAUUCACACUAUUUUAUUGACUUAUGAGAUUAUCGAGUUUAUUGUAAAUAAUAUUUUGUUUUUAUGCUUAUUGGUAUACAAGUAUCGGAAAAAGGCAGAUACUACUGAUGAGAAUUUCCAUGAGCCCAUAUUCAACCAAUUGUUUUAUAACUGUGCUGUCUGUUUAGCGAUCAAUGACAUAUGUACUCUGUGUACUUUUGUUAUAGAAGCUCCAGAAGAAGUAGUUUCUGUGGAGGUUUUCGUUUACUCACUAUUGGCUACACUCGAUAUACUUUUCAUGUUUCUUGUGAGCGUCAUGUUUGCUAUCAUAACCGUUUUCUCAUUUCUGGCAUCCAUUCAAAGAAUCAUCAUUCUUCAUAUACCGAACUACAAGUAUCUAGUAAUAGGUAACUGUCUGCAACUUGAAAUCUGUCUAGUCUAUGUAUCAAUCAUCCAUUACAGCGUUAUCGUUUUUCAACAGGUAGCACUCCACAAACCAUUGACAUAUAAUAUGAAACAAGCUCUCUACAUUUACAACAUUAUAAUUCUCGCGAUGUCUCUUAUUAGCGGUGUUAUAUAUUUUCAUAUUUAUCGAAUCCUCAGAAAACUUAAAACUGGUGAUAAUGGGACUUAUUUUUUGUAUCAGUUUGUUCCUAUUCAUACUAUUUUAUUGAAUCUAUUUCCGCCAAAACCUAAACUCUUGAUCGGAACUAUAACGUCAGUGUACAUAUUCUUGUUGAUUAAAAGUCGUGAAGUGUCACAGUUGCGAGUUGUCACUUAA